CAAACCAAAGAAAGCAAGAAAGGCGAUUGUUUUGAUGCGGUCUAGUGAGUUUUAUUGCGGGUUGUGCUGUGCUGCGGGCGAACCAAAGGCAAUCAUUAGUAAUCGAGCCACGGUGGUUAGCGUUUUCAAGCACAGUUAAACCUUUCGAUCAACAAUGGGUGUCCCAGCUGGUGAUGUUGAGAAGGGCAAGAAGCUGUUCGUUCAGCGAUGCGCCCAGUGCCACACCGUAGAGGCAGGCGGUAAGCACAAGGUUGGCCCGAACCUACACGGACUGUUCGGUCGCAAGACUGGCCAGGCUGCUGGAUUCAGCUACACCGACGCCAACAAGGCUAAGGGAAUCACCUGGAACGAGGACACGCUGUUCGAGUAUCUGGAAAACCCGAAGAAGUACAUCCCCGGCACGAAGAUGGUGUUCGCGGGUCUGAAGAAGCCGGCGGAACGUGGCGAUCUGAUCGCUUACCUGAAGUCUGCUACCAAGUAAAUGGGCUCCACCGGGGUGUACUGUACGACGGGUAUCGGUGUCCUAGAUUCAGCCAAAACACUGCUACAGAUAGAAAAGCACACAGACACAAACUCUACAGCGAAUGGCUGUAAAACCGCAAGAUUGAAUAUUUGGCCAUCAGAACCGCGAAUACAAAAAGACAGAGAAAUAGUAAUAACAUGGUCGAGGCGUUACAGCAGCAUCCUUCGGCGCGAAGGCUCCACACCCCCACGAUUAGGACAAUGUCUAUGUAAAUCUAUUUAAUUUAAUUUAUGCUAGAAUUAAAAUAGUCUGACAAAUUCGUUUUAAUCGAUAUCCGGGAGACUAUGUAUCGAUACAGAGAUUGUGCUAGGUUGGACGCGCUUCAAUUGAACAUUUCAUAGAUCCUUCAGUUCUAUUGGGAUCGGUGCGUGGUGGUGCGGUUCAUUUAGAUGGAUCCGUUUUAGUUCAAUUCAGAAAUCGAACGUGUAGUAUUAUCACUAUCAAAGAGGAAUGUCUUUAACCCAACGGCUAAGGUGUGACGCUGAAUAAAAACACGGAAACCAA